AUGCACAAUUCAGCAGCUGCCACCCCCGCUGGGCCUCGCACAAUGGAGGCCGAAAGCACCAAGCUGAGCUCCCAGUCCUCGAUUCAGGCUGGGGAUGAUGAGAAGAACCAGAGGACUAUCACUGUCAAUCCUGCCCACAUGGGGAAGGCGUUCAAGGUUAUGAAUGAACUGAGGAGUAAGAAGCUGUUGUGUGAUGUGAUGAUUGUGGCAGAAGAUGUCGAGAUAGAAGCCCACCGAGUGGUCCUGGCAGCCUGCAGCCCCUACUUCUGUGCAAUGUUCACAGGUGAUAUGUCUGAGAGUAAAGCCAAGAAAAUUGAAAUCAAGGACGUGGAUGGGCAAACACUGAGUAAGCUGAUUGACUAUAUCUAUACGGCUGAAAUUGAGGUGACUGAAGAGAACGUCCAGGUGCUGCUCCCAGCAGCCAGCUUGCUGCAGCUCAUGGAUGUUCGGCAGAACUGCUGUGACUUCCUUCAGUCUCAGUUGCAUCCCACCAAUUGCCUGGGCAUCCGCGCAUUUGCAGAUGUGCACACCUGCACCGACCUUCUGCAGCAGGCCAAUGCUUAUGCAGAGCAGCACUUUCCAGAGGUGAUGCUGGGGGAAGAAUUUCUUAGCCUAAGUCUGGACCAGGUGUGCAGCUUGAUAUCCAGUGACAAGCUGACUGUUUCUUCAGAAGAGAAGGUAUUUGAAGCUGUGAUUUCGUGGAUCAAUUAUGAGAAAGAUACUCGUUUAGAGCACAUGGCAAAGCUGAUGGAACAUGUCCGUCUCCCUCUUCUACCUAGAGAUUACCUAGUCCAGACAGUUGAAGAAGAAGCUUUGAUAAAGAAUAAUAAUACCUGUAAGGACUUCCUCAUUGAAGCCAUGAAAUAUCAUCUGCUCCCUCUGGAUCAGAGACUCUUGAUUAAGAAUCCCAGGACCAAGCCCAGGACUCCAGUCAGUUUACCCAAGGUCAUGAUUGUGGUCGGCGGCCAGGCGCCUAAGGCGAUCCGCAGCGUGGAGUGCUAUGAUUUCGAGGAGGACCGAUGGGACCAGAUUGCCGAGCUUCCUUCCAGGAGGUGCAGAGCAGGUGUGGUGUUCAUGGCUGGCCACGUGUAUGCUGUGGGCGGGUUUAACGGCUCGCUGCGUGUGCGGACAGUGGAUGUGUAUGACGGUGUGAAGGACCAGUGGACGUCCAUUGCCAGCAUGCAGGAACGCCGGAGCACACUGGGGGCAGCCGUGCUCAAUGACCUGCUCUACGCCGUAGGGGGCUUUGAUGGCAGUACUGGCCUAGCAUCGGUGGAAGCCUACAGCUACAAGACCAACGAGUGGUUCUUCGUGGCCCCAAUGAAUACACGGCGGAGCAGUGUGGGUGUGGGUGUCGUGGAGGGAAAGCUCUAUGCUGUUGGCGGUUACGAUGGGGCUUCCCGCCAGUGCCUGAGCACCGUGGAGCAGUACAACCCGGCGACCAACGAGUGGACGUACGUGGCGGACAUGAGCACCCGCCGCAGUGGCGCAGGGGUCGGGGUCCUCAGCGGACAGCUGUAUGCCACAGGAGGGCACGAUGGGCCCUUGGUGAGGAAGAGCGUUGAGGUUUAUGAUCCUGGAACAAACACCUGGAAGCAGGUGGCUGACAUGAACAUGUGCCGGCGCAAUGCAGGGGUCUGUGCGGUGAACGGGCUCCUGUAUGUGGUUGGAGGGGAUGACGGAUCCUGCAACCUGGCUUCGGUGGAGUACUACAAUCCCGCCACUGACAAAUGGACGCUGCUGCCAACCAACAUGAGCACGGGGCGGAGCUACGCAGGUGUCGCUGUGAUUCACAAGCCCUUGUGA